GGGGUCGGAUUUCAGCAGUCCGGAGCGCCGUGUAGCACUGAGACUGAGGCAGUCUUUGUUCAGCCAGUCUGAAGUGAGAGAGACUGGAGAGAGUCAGUCAGAAGAACAGAAAGAAAGAGAGAGAGAGAGAGUGGGUGACAACACUUUGGAAGUGUUGAUAUCCACGUUUUUGCACUAAUCUCAUGCUUGGACUUCUGAACAAAAAUGAAAUUUCGCCUCCUGUCGUGGCUCGUUGGUGCGCAUCUCGCCCUGGGUUAUCUCUCCUCUGCGCUUCAUGUCAUGGAAGAGCGAGGCUCCAAGGGUCACCUAAUUCUAACAGACCUCGUUGGCAUGCCUCUUCCACCAUCCGUGUCCUUCAUCACAGGCUACGAGGGUUACCCUGCCUACUCUUUUGGGCCUCAUGCUAACGUAGGCCGACUGACCCAGUCUUUUGUACCUGAGCCUUUCUUCACAGACUUUGCCAUCAUUGUCACCGUCAAACCAUCCACCUCUCGAGGAGGUGUCCUGUUCGCAAUCACAGACCCGUCCCAGACCAUUGUCCAACUUGGCCUGGCCCUGACACCCGUGGAGGACCAGACUCAGCGGAUUGUACUGUAUUACAGUGAGCCGAGGUCAGCAAGCAGCGCAGAGGUUGCGUCUUUUAAAGUGCCAGACAUGACGCAGCAGUGGAGCCGCUUCACGCUGUCGGUGGAGCGCCAGGAGGUGCGACUCUACAUGGACUGUGAUGAAUACCACAUCGCCCCCUUCAAGAGAAGCAAGCAGCCCCUCAGCUUCAAGCCCGGAUCGGGGAUCUUUGUGGCAAAUGCGGGCAGUACUGGCCUGGAGAGGUUUGUGGGGUCAAUCCAACAGCUGGUAAUAAAACCUGACCCCAGAGCAGCAGAAGAGCAGUGUGAGGAAGACGACCCCAGCCUGCAGGCCUCUGGGGACAGAAGUGGCGAUGGUGAUUAUGAUGAUGAGGAAGAACAUGCGAGACGUGAAGAAAUCUUUGGGCAGACAAACAACAAGGAAAAGAUACCAAGACCUACCUCUCCUGUUGAAGCCCCGCCCAUUCAGUCACCUGAAAUAGAAGAGGGCGGGUUCUCAGGACAUGUGACCCCAAUAGAUGAAAGGUUGCUAAGAGGGACUUACAAAACAGAUGAAACAGGGGAGAGCACAAGGAUUGGGCAGAAAGGGGAGCGUGGAGAACCUGGGCCUGCAGGUCCACCUGGGCCCCCUGGGCCUCCAGGAACAUCUGUACCAAUCAGACAUUCUGGACAGCCUGGACCGAGAGGACCGCAAGGUCCAAUUGGUCAACCAGGAGGACGAGGCAGACCAGGGAAAGAUGGACAACCUGGAAACAAAGGUGAAGAUGGGAAACCAGGUCAGAGAGGACAGACUGGACCUCAAGGAUUACCUGGAGAAUCUGGAGUUAAAGGAGAGAAGGGUGAUCCUGGAGUGGGCCGGACUGGAUUGCCUGGUCCACCAGGACCUCCUGGACCACCAGGACCAAGCAAACCAAUUAAAGUUCCAUAUGGAUUUGAUGCUCUCGGCUCUGGAUUUGGAGAUGCUGACAUUGAUACAGAACUUCUUCGGGGUCCACCUGGUCCUCCAGGGCCUCCUGGGAAACCUGGCCCACCUGGUCCUAAUAGCCCACUUGGAGGAUUGCUCCCUGGUCCUCCAGGGGCUCCUGGCAAGGAUGGCAGAGAUGGGCAGAGUGGGCUCCCUCUGUUUGAGGACUGGUUUAGUGGGUCUGGCACUGACUCUGGGUCUGGCUCAGGGUUUGGCUCUGGUUUUGGUAAAGGACAGGCUUUGCCCUGGUUCGUUCAGGUCAUUGAGCCAGGUGUUCCUGGUCAGGAUGGCUUAACUGGACAACAAGGUCCGAAAGGAGCAAAGGGUGAGCACGGUAUUAGAGGGCCUCCUGGACCUAAGGGUGAAAAUGGAGAUCCUGGCCAGAGAGGACCACCUGGCCCUUUUGGAACAAUGGGACCGAGAGGUUUACCUGGACCACCAGGACCUCCUGGUCCACCAGGGCCCAUAAACAAUAACUUCAUGGUCGAUACUUUAAAGGAUUUCGAGGGUUCUGGUGAAAGUGGUUCAUUUCUCGGAGCUGGAAUUUCAAAAGGCUAUCAAGGGCCACCUGGUCUUCCUGGCCCACCAGGACCUCAGGGACCUCCUGGUGCUGACGGACCACCUGGCUUGUCUGUAAAGGGCGAAAGAGGAUCCCCAGGACCCGAUGGAAUACCAGGAUUAGCUGGUUUACCAGGAUCAAGGGGACCAAAGGGAGACAAGGGCAAUCCAGGAGAUAAGGGUGAGCGAGGUCGCGAUGGACUGAACAAAACAGGUCCUCCUGGCCCCCCCGGCCCUCCUGGACCAAUCAUUAACUUCCAGGACCUCCUUCUUAAUGAUACAGCAGCUAAACUGAACCUGACAAAGAUCAGAGGACUGCCAGGCCCUAUGGGCCCUGAAGGCUUGCCUGGCAGAGCAGGAUUCCCUGGCCCAAGAGGACCAAAAGGGGAAAUUGGGUUUUCUGGUGUUCAAGGACCUCCAGGACUAAAGGGGGACAAGGGUGAGCCAGGUGUAUCCAUUGCUGCUGAUGGCUCUAUAAUCACAAGCCUGCGAGGACCCAGAGGACCAAAGGGAAACAAGGGAGACAUUGGUCUUGCUGGACCGCAUGGGAUUCCGGGGCCAAUUGGACCACCUGGACUAAAAGGGGGAUAUGGAAUUCCUGGUCGACCGGGUCGACCUGGAAUAACUGGAAGGAAAGGGGACAAGGGGGAUGCAAGUGGCCUCCCUGGUCUACCAGGUCCACCUGGACCUCCAGGGCCACCAGGACGAGUUAUUGGCCUCAAUGGAACAGUUUUCCCAGUUCCUCCUAGACCACACUGCAAAACGCCAGUCAACAACAACAAUUCACAACAAGACAAUGAAAGAAUGUCAUCAGGAGUCAAAGGGGAAAAGGGUGAUGAGGGAAAUCGUGGGUUGUCAGGUACUCCAGUUCCCCAUGCUUAUGUGGGUCCUAAAGGUGAUAAUGGCUACAAUGGGCAAAAGGGAGAGAAAGGUGAUCCAGGUUUGCCUGGCCCUGCUGGACUUCCUGGGAGAACAGGUCUUGUUGGUCCUAAAGGGGACACUAUUGUUGGUCCACCUGGAGACACUGGUGCUCCAGGACCUCCAGGACUGCCUGGGUAUGGAAGUCCAGGACCACAAGGCCCACCGGGAGCCCCUGGACCUCCAGGCACCUCAUCACUAUACAGCUCAGCUGCGAGUCUCCCUGGACCUCCUGGACCUCCAGGGCCACCUGGUGCUCCUGGCUAUGGAAACCCUGUGAGCACAUAUAAAAACAGCCAGACCUUGAUGAGAGAGAGCAGCCAAGCAGCAGAAGGCACAAUGGGAUAUGUUAUUGACAAGAGCGAACUGUACAUCAGGGUACGAGGAGGCUGGAAGAAAAUUGAGUUAGGAGAGCUAAUCCCUGUUCCUGAAGACAGUUCCUCUUCUGCUUUGUCACAAGGCCUGAGCAGACCCAGCGACCGCAGUGUACCCAGAGUUCAUAGCCAGGAGUUAAAGAGCUUCCUGCCAGGCUAUAAUCUUCUUCCGGACACUACACACUCAAUGCCUGCGUUGCACCUGGUGGCUCUCAAUGCCCCAUUCUCAGGAGACAUGCAUGGCAUUCGCGGGGCAGAUUACCAGUGUUACCAGCAAGCGCGAGCCAGAGGCCUGACAUCCACAUACAGAGCUUUCCUUUCCUCUCAUUUGCAAGACCUUUCCACCAUCGUCAAGAAAGCAGACCGUUUUAACCUGCCGGUGGUGAAUCUUAAAGGAGAAGUGCUGUUCAGCAGCUGGAUGGCCAUGUUCUCUGGUAACGGAGGCGUUUUUGAUCCACUUACUCCGAUUUACUCCUUUGACGGACGAAAUGUCAUGACAGAUCAGGCUUGGUCUCAGAAGCUGGUGUGGCAUGGCUCAAGUACGGUGGGCAUCCGGAUGACAACAAACUACUGCGAGGCCUGGCGGACGGGUGACAUGGCAGUAACCGGACAGGCGUCUCUCCUUCAGACCGGCCGACUGCUGGGACAGCACACACGCAGCUGCUCAAACCACUUCAUCAUUCUCUGCAUCGAGAACAGCUACAUCCAGCACCCUGGAAGGAACUAGAAAGCCCAACGUUUACAAGAAAUUGAAAGCAGCAGUAGCUGGACUGCUGGGGGAAAUGAUCCAUUCCGCUCCUUUUUAGCUCCUGUGAGAAAUAACAAGCCAGGAAAAAUGGCACUGCAUUGCUCUUUCACUUCUUAUCUGAGCGUGAUGUAAAUAUGUAUAAAUCACCCACUGGUAUUGUUCAAUUGAUGACCCACCGACUUUCAUUCAACUAUUAGAAAACCAAAGAAUACCUCAGUCAGACAUCUAUGAGCAAGUGUAGAUCCAUUUUAUGAAUUCACCACAUACUUUAUUUGCCUUCUAAGAUGGUUUUAGCCCUCCUUACGAUCACUAAUAUAGUUUUUUUGUGUGUGCUUGUUUUAACUACAAUGUUAUAAUCACACACACACUGAUACAAGACACUUAUUUUUAAUAGGUUAAAUAUAUUUAGAGAUCAAUAUUUGGGUAUAUUAAAAAAAAAACAGGGAGAUGUUUAAAUGCACUGUAUUAAUUAUUCGGGUGUUUUAUUUUUGGUUAUAGUUUGUUUUUCACACCCAUGAAGCUCUUUUCUGUGAACUUGCAUUUAAACUAGUAUUUAAGGGAGGCGAUGUGUCUAAUUGAAGAUGUUAAAGCACAUAACUAAAACCCAAGUGCGUACUUUAAUAGAUACUGAUUUAGAAAGUUGGCAGUGGCCACAAUCACUUUAUAACUCAUCACUGUGUUUAAUCUUUUACAUUUAGGAAGGCAAUCUAGAAAGUAAGUUAUGUUUUUUGUGUGUCUUCUAGAUGUUAAAUAUGAGUAUGAUAGUAUGACAGUAAUAGACAGAUACCCUCGUUUUCUCCUCCUUUUUUCAUAUUUGAAUGGUGCUCACUGAAUAAAUGUUUUGUUUUAUAAGUAUGA